AUGUCAAAACUCUACAUUGACACCGAAGCUGGCUCCGAUGAGCAUGCCGGUACAGAAGAGAAGCCAUUGGCUACCCUUGUUCAGGCUAUGUUGAUAUCGAAGAACAGCGGGGAGUUUUUGAUGAAAAAGAAAAGCGAAGAUGGCGUCUUUACGUGGGAGCCUGCUGCGAAGGCAGCCAUCAAGAAGGCUAUGAAAAAAUAUGAAGCGGAAGUCAAGAAACUUGAAAAGUCUGCUGAAAGAAGCAAAGCUGCUGAGGAAUCCGCUCACGCUGCUCUGGAAGAAGCGAAAAAGAUUACAUUCACGUUGGACAAGUCUCUUCCAGAAGCCAAGGUCAUCAAAAUCAGCGAAACAAUUGAGAACAGAAACAAGAGAGUUCUUGUUAAAGCUUGGGUGCACAGAAUAAGACGUCAAGGAAAGUCGUUGAUGUUUUUGGUCCUCCGUGAUGGUUAUGGGUUCCUUCAAUGCGUUCUCAACGACAAAUUGUGCCAGAGCUAUGAUGCUGUUACACUUUCAACCGAGACUUCCGUCCAAGUUUACGGUAUCAUCAAGGAGCUUCCUGAUGGAAAAUCAGCUCCAGACGGCCAUGAGCUCGUCGUCGAUUACUGGGAGGUCAUCUCGAAGGCGCCACCAGGCGGAAUCGACAACGUUCUCAACGAAGAAGCCGGAGUUGAAGUGUUGCUUGACAACCGUCAUUUGGUUAUCCGCGGUGAGAAUGCGUCGAGAAUUCUGCGAAUCCGUGCGGCUACUACACGCGCCAUGAGAGAGCACUUCUACGCUGCCGGAUACACCGAGGUCGCUCCGCCAACUUUGGUGCAAACCCAAGUCGAAGGCGGAUCCACGUUGUUCUCUUUGGAUUAUUACGGAGAGCCCGCGUACCUCACCCAAUCGUCGCAAUUGUACUUGGAAACUUGCAAUGCAGCCCUUGGCGAUGUUUACUGUAUUGCUCAAUCAUACAGAGCUGAAAAAUCUCGUACUCGCCGUCAUUUAUCUGAAUAUCAACAUGUCGAAGCUGAAUGCGCUUUCAUUACGUUCGACGAUCUGAUGGCGAAAAUUGAGGAUCUUGUCUGCGAUACCGUUGAUCGCCUCUUGGCCGAUCCCGUCACCAAAUCUCUUAUCGAAUUCGUCAACCCGGGAUACAAGAAGCCUGAGAGGCCAUUCCGUCGUAUGGCGUACAAGGAAGCGAUCGCUUGGCUUCAGGAGCACAAAGUCCUUAACGAAAAUGGCGAAGAGUUUGUGUAUGGAGAGGAUAUCGCCGAAGCUGCGGAAAGAAAAAUGACUGAUACGAUUGGAGUGCCAAUUUUCCUCAACCGCUUCCCACAUGGAAUCAAGGCAUUCUAUAUGCCCCGCUGCGCCGAUGACAAUGAGCUGACAGAGUCAGUGGAUCUAUUGAUGCCAGGUGUCGGCGAGAUUGUCGGCGGUUCGAUGCGUAUCUGGAAAGAAGACGAGAUGCUUGCGGCGUUCGCCAAGGCCGGAAUCGAUCCGAAGAACUACUUCUGGUAUAUGGAUCAACGCAAGUAUGGAUCGGUGCCGCAUGGCGGCUUCGGACUCGGUUUGGAGAGAUUCAUUUGCUGGCUGACCAACACCAAUCAUAUCCGCGAUGUUUGUUUGUACCCGAGAUUUGUUGGACGAUGUGCCCCAUAA